GCGCAAACACCAUGUGCCAUUUCGACAUCUUCCUGCGGCACGGCACGCGCGAUAGGUCCACAAGAACAUUCCAUUUGCACACUCCGUCUGUGGCCGUCCACCUCACUUCUAUACCAUGUUGCUCCGCCGAUCGCUUGCUGUCUCCCGCGCCUCGAUGACGUCUGCCGUCCAACGUCGUGCCAUGGGCAGUGACACGUCCAAGAAGCUCAACAAGUUCAGCUCCGUCUUGACGGAAAACAAGUCCCACGGCGCCGCCCAGGCCAUGCUAUACGCCACGGGACUCAAGGAAGAUGACAUUACGAAGCCGCAAGUUGGGAUUGCUAGCGUGUGGUGGGAAGGCAACCCGUGCAACAUGCACUUGCUCGAUUUGGCACAGGAAAUCAAGACGGGGGUCCAGGACGCCGGUCUCGUGGGUUACCGCUUCAACACAAUUGGUGUCAGCGACGGCAUUGCGCAGUACGAGUUGCUGCAUUCUUCUCUCGACUUUGACACUUCGCUUCCAGGGGUACGGACGGCAUGUCGUACAGCUUGCCCUCCCGCGACCUCAUCGCGGAUUCCAUUGAGACUGUCAUGGGUGCGCAGUGGUAUGACGCGAACAUCCUUGUUCCUGGCUGUGACAAGAACAUGCCGGGAUGUUUGAUUGCGAUGGCGCGGCACAACCGUCCAUCCUUGAUCGUGUACGGAGGCACCAUUCGUGCGGGGUGCCGCAAUGGCCAGCGUCUCGAUGUCGUGUCGGCUUUUGAAUCGUACGGCGAGUACCUGUCGAAGCGGUUCACGGACGAAGACCGCAAAGACGUCUUGCGCAAGUCUUGUCCUGGUCCUGGCGCGUGCGGCGGCAUGUACACUGCCAACACGAUGGCCACGGCAAUCGAAGUGCUUGGACUGAGUCUGCCGUACUCGUCGAGCUCGCCAGCAGAGUCCCAAGACAAGAUUCAAGAGUGUCGCGCGGCAGGUCGCGCGAUCCGGUACCUCAUGGAGAACGACAUCAAGCCCAAGGACAUCUUGACCCGCGAGUCGUUCCAAAAUGCGAUUGCCGUGACGAUGGCUCUGGGGGGCUCGACCAACGCGGUGCUGCAUUUCAUCGCGAUUGCGCGGGCCGCAGGCGUCGACCUGACCCUGGACGACUUCAACGACGUCGCCGCCAAGACGCCAUACUUGGCCAACUUGCGACCGAGCGGCAAAUACGUGAUGGAGGACUUGCACCACGCGGGUGGCGUGCCUGCCGUGAUCAAGUACUUGCUGGAGAAAGGUCUGCUAAACGGCGACUGCCUCACUGUGACGGGCAAGUCGCUCGCGGAAAACGUCGCGGGCUUGCCUGGCUUGACGGACGAAGGGCGAAUCAUUCACCCGGUCGAGUCACCGCUCAAGCCAACGGGGCAUAUUCGCGUGUUGCGCGGCAACUUGGCGCCUGAAGGCGCAGUCGCCAAGAUUACUGGCAAGGAAGGCGAACAUUUCACGGGCAAAGCACUGGUGUACGACUGCGAGGAAGACAUGCUGAAGGCGCUGGAAGACGGCGAGAUUACAAAGGGUAGCGUGAUUGUGAUCCGCUACGAAGGCCCAAAGGGUGGUCCGGGGAUGCCGGAAAUGUUGACAUGCACGUCGGCGAUUUCUGGCGCCGGCCUUGCUAACGACGUGGCCAUGCUCACGGAUGGCCGCUUCUCGGGCGGCUCGCGCGGAUUUCUCAUUGGCCACAUCACCCCCGAAGCUCAAGUCGGUGGCCCGAUUGCCCACAUCAAGAACGGAGAUGCGAUCACGAUCAAUGCAGUGACGAACCGCAUCGACGUUGACUUGUCGUGUGACGAACUCAAGUCUCGCGCAUCGCAGUGGAAGGAACCUCCGCUCAAGUACACGAAAGGAGCACUGUUCAAGUACGCCAAGCUGGUCUCGUCCGCUUCGCUGGGCUGUGUGACCGACGAGUAGAGAGCGUGGCCGUGAGAGAUAUAUCGAGUGUGUACUCUAGCAUUCCACAGAUGCAUGAUGUGGAUCGCAGCCUUCCUUUGAGCACGGCGCAGCUCCAUCAUUCGAGUCCCAAGCGCCGUUCGCCCACGAGCGUCACGGGAAAAAAGUUUGUAGAACCGUUUCACAUGUAUUUUAAAACAUCAAAGUGCGAAUUUUAAAUGAUGAACGCACAAUUCAC